AUGGGAAAGCAACAAAAGUCAUUAAGUAGCAAAGCAGUCCACUUUGUAUCUGAUCUCACCACUGUCAUCCUUAACCCUAUCUCUGAUAAACCCUCCAAGCAUCCCACCCCUCUUCCUCAUCCUGCUCCUGAGCAUGUCAGUGAGUCGAAAAGGAGUCAGCUAGAGUCCAUUGCUGAAGAGGAUAUGGGGCGCUUAGUCGAGGAACCUGAUACUUCUUCGUUCACUGCAUUCCUAUACUCCUUGUUAUCAUCCUCCGAGUCUGGAAAUAAUGAAAAACUGGAUGAGCAAAAUGAUAAUUCAGCACAAACAGGUGACCAGGUAUCCGAGAAUGUAGCGAAAGAGGGUAGCACAAAAAGGGGGUUACUUUCGAAGGGCAAACAAUCUCUUAGAGCUAUUUUCCAAGCUACACGAAUUGGUGGAUAUCGGAGUCAAGAACGCAAGGGCAAUUCAGACUUGAAAAUUGCUGAUGAGAAUGAUAAUGAUUUUGGUGGACUUGAGAUGAAGAGUAUGCUGAAGCAGAACCUGAAAGAGCCUGCUGCUUUGGGAGAUCUACCAGACAUAUCUGAACCUUCUUUGCUUCUUUCAGAGAAAACAAGAAGCACCCUUUAUGAUGCCCUUCCAGCACUUGUUCAAGGGAGGAAAUGGUUAUUGCUGUACAGUCCAGUAUGUGCACAUGGUCUCCAAGGAACUUUCUCACUAGAUACUUCUCGUGUUGUUGGAGAUCGCAAAGGGGUAGUAUUUGGUGGCUUGAUUGAAGCUCCCUUAAGGCCAACCAACAAGAAGUAUCAGGGAUCAAAUAGUACAUUUGUUUUCACAAAUGGACCUGGUCAUCCUGUUAUAUUUCGACCCACAGGUGCUAAUCGUUAUUUCACAUUGUGCUCCUCUGACUAUCUUGCAAUUGGUGGAGGUGGCCACUUUGCACUCUACUUGGACGGUGAUCUAUUAAAUGGAUCUAGUUCAGUCUCGGAAACCUACGGGAAUCCUUGUCUUGCGCACUCUGAAAACUUCGAAGUUAAGGAAGUUGAGUUGUGGGGCUUUGUAUAUGGUUCAAAGUAUGAGGAAAUACUUGCUUUGAGCAGAACUGAGGCUCCUGGAAUUUGUCGGUUUUAA